AUGGCUUGUGUGGCUCUUCGACCUGUUAUUUUCUCACAAGGCGCCCUUCCGCACCUUAGGUUCUCCGCCGCCGCCGUCGCCAGCCCGCUCCUCCACGCGAGACACCAACAUCGCUCCACCUCCAUUCUGUCAUCCUACCUCGUCACGCCUAAGGAAUUGAACGAUGGUCUGAAGAAGAAUGCGCGAACCAAAAUCUCCACUUCGCCCCGGGUGAUCCCCCUGUGUGCCGCGUGGUUCAUGCCGAACGACCCAGAAGGCCGCACCGGGAUCGAGUCGUUCAAGAAGAAGCGGAUCCCCCAGGCGCGAUACUUUGACAUAGACGACGUCAAGGAUCCUAACUCGCCGUAUCCCCAUAUGUUACCGACGAAGGAGCGAUUCGCGGAGGCAAUGCAGUCACUAGGUAUUCGCCGCGACGACGAGGUUGUGGUCUACGACACAGAGGAACUGGGCUUGAUGAGUGCACCACGGGUAGGCUGGACGUUGAGAUACUUUGGGCAUCCCAAUGUUCGCAUUCUCAACAAUUUUAGGUUGUGGGUUCGUGAUGGGUAUCCCACGGAGUCCGGUGAAAUUACCCAGGAGGAGAGAUCUAACUACCAGGUGGACGCUUACAAUCCGGAGAUGGUGGUUGACUUUGCAGAGAUGAAACAGAUUGGCGAGGAUUACGGAAAGGAGGGCGCAGACAGCGUGCAGGUCCUUGACGCCCGGCCCGCCGGUCGCUGGGCGGGAAAAAGCCCUGAACCUCGCCCGGAGUUGUCUUCUGGGCAUAUGCCGGGUUCUGUAAACGUGCCUUUCGUGGAGCUGCUGGACCCUGAGACGAAGACUUUGUUGCCGGAGGCGGAAUUGCGCAAGGUGCUCGAGUCAAAGGGAGUUGAUCCCUCGAGGUCUAUCAUUUCGAGCUGUGGUUCGGGAGUGACGGCGGCAGUCAUCGACCUUGCGCUGCACGAAGCUGGAUACGGGAAUGCGGAAUCCCGACGGCUAUAUGAUGGAAGCUGGUCGGAGUGGGCAGCUCGGGUUUCCGAGUCCAGUGGAUUGAUUCGCAAAGAGCAAUAG